AAACGUAAGUUCAGCGUUCUCCCUUGACGAUGUAAAAUGUUGUUCUGUCAAUAUCGUAUAUUUGUAUUCAAUUGAUUGUGAGUAUCAGCUCCUCAAUGUGCAAGGUCAGCAUCGUUCGGAGGCUAACGUUACUGUAAAAAGCUAAUUAACGUUAGCUCACGAGCUAGGCUAGAAUUAAGUGAUUUAAAAAAUAUAUACUAUCAGCCAAUCAAAGGGAACAAUACGAGUGGUACUAGUUUUGCUAUUCUAGUAUAGCUAAUUGUUAGCUCACUUAUCGUAUAGUCUACACGGGAAACAGCAGCUAACGUUUGGUAGCUAAAUUGCUAAGGGGUGUUCUGCUGGACGAGUGCUAACGCAAACUAGCUAAUGUCAGAUGAAAGUGGUUAGUUAGCUAUUUCAGUAUCUUUGGUGUAUCUUAUGUGUUGCUCUGGUCUGACACGGCUAGGCUGCAUGCAGACUAGACCGGCAUACCAUAGCUAAUGUUAGAUAGUUAGCAAAUUAACUUGACUUGCUGCUGGGUGGGUGUCAUUUGUGGAAGGUUCUAACAUUAACCUGUUCCAGAAACUUCGUAAAGUACGAGGAUGCCAACAAACAACGCAUACAAAGUAGCAUGAUCAAUUCACCAAGCUAACUAGCUGCCGAAUAGGCAUCAACUCACCACGUAGCUUAUUCUUAAUGUUUGUUCAUAGGCUACCAGAACGAGGAUAGACUAUUUUUAUAAACGUGAGUGAAAAAAUGUAACUAAAUUUCCAACGCCCUACCCGGUAUCUUAUUCUGCCGCUGUACAACUUGUUUGUUGUAUGCGUUGUUUGUUGGCAACCUUGUUAUUUUUGGAACAGAUUCCUGUUGGGAGGUUACACAAAUUACAUCUGCAACAAAUGACCAGUCUCAUCUCUUAUCUCGUCAUCCACAAAGGUUAUCGAGCUAAAUAUGCCCAAUCGUAUCAAGUAGUUUAGUUACUGUUCAGGAUUAGUAUAGCCCAACUUGAUCCAUGUUGUCCUUCCAAUUCACCAGUGGCAGAUGCCUAGGAGUCCUCCCAUCUCCAUGUGCAUCCCUAAUGGGCGGCUGGUCUCGUAGUGCGGUGCUGGAGCUGUACCGAGCACUGCUCCGUGCAGGGUGCCACCUUCAGUACACAGACCGCAACUACUACCGGCGCGCCGUGGCCGGCGAGUUCCGCCGCUGCCAGGCUCUGACCGUGCCGAGUGACAAGGAGGCCGCACUGAAGAGGGGCCAGUUCUUCCUCAGCAGUAGACUGGGGGGGCUGAUGUAGAAUGGCGGGAGUGAACGGUGACCGUAAAGGAAAGAAGGAUGACAACGGCAUGGGCACGGCCGUUGACUUUUUGCUCUCUAAUGCCAAGCUUGUGCUUGGGGUCGGAGGAGCUGCCAUGCUUGGCAUUGCAACACUAGCAGUCAAAAGAAUGUAUGACCGUGCCAUAAGUGCUCCGACCAGCCCUACUAAGAUGGAACCAUCUGGGAAAAGGAGUUGGGAAGAACCAAACUGGAUGGGCUCGUCACCACGGGUACUUAACCACGACAUGAGGUCAACAGUGAGCAGGUCACUGCAGACUCUACCCACCUCCUCCAACUCCUUUGAACCAGACUGCAUGCGGAGGGCGGCGGGGCGGGGACGUAGCGCUGCAGGGGAGACCGACCUCUUCCGGGCCAGGAUGCGCCUCUCCUUGCAGGAGAAACUGUGGGAGUUCUACCAGGAGCGUGUGGCCAUCCCCGCUGAGGAGCAGGCCACAGCCCGCCGGGCUGCCCUGGACAUCUGCGCAGAGCUGAGGAUCUUCCUGCACGCCAAGCUGCCCGACAUGCCUCUCCGAGAGAUGUACCUCAGCGGCAGCCUCUACGACGACCUGCAGGUGGUGACAGCGGAUCACGCUCAGCUCAUGGUCCCUCUGACCUUGGAGAAGAACCUGUGGUCGUCAGUCCCCGGGGAGGACACCAUCAUGAACGUUCCGGGCUUCUGGCUGAUUCGCAGGGAGAACCUGGAAUACUUCCCCCGAGGCAGCAGCUACUGGGACCGCUGCAUGGUAGGUGGCUACCUCUCCCCCAAGUCUGUCCUGGAGGUGUUCGAGAAGCUGGUGGCGGGCUCCAUCAACUGGCCAGCCAUCGGCAGCGUUCUGGACUACGUGAUCCGGCCGGUGGUUCCCUCGGAGACGCUCACCCUGGAGGUCCAGUACGAGACAGACCGCCUUCUUUUCGUGGACUUCCUGCCUCUGCUGGUGAUGGAUGACGGCGCCUCGCUCAUCGCCAAGCCACACAGGCUGGCUGCGGAGCGCCAUGAAAACCUGUGGCGGCAGAGCUUCCGUGUGGCGGAGACUGCGCGCCUGCGGGCUCUGGACCAAGAGGACGGGGGCUGCCGCUGUGCCUGCCUCAAGGUGACUAAAGCCGUGUGCAAGCUAAACCCGGCCCUAGCGCGCCUGUCGGCCAGUCAGCUGACCAACACCAUACUGCUAUUGAGCGAGAAGGAGGGCGACUGGACCCAGGAGGCGCUGGCUGACCGCUUCCUGCAGUUGCUCCGCUCUCUAGUGGGACACCUAGAGGCUGGGAGGCUCCCCUGCGCCCUGGUCCCCAAAGUCAACCUGUUCUGUGAGCUGACGCCAGUGGAGGUGGAUGAGCUAGGAUACACCCUCUACUGUUCCCUCUCUGACCCAGAGGCACUCCUAAGGACUCCUCAGUCUGACUAAGUCUGGUCACGGGUUUGAGGGUUUAGGACAGAUGGUAUAUAAUUCUAAGAUUCCAUACUGCAGAAGAGGAUAGGAUAUGUAAUUCAUAUGCGCUUCAGAUAUGGACCAUGUCCCCUGUGACCAUGUCGCUGUGUGAUUGAUUCAACAUCACGUCUCUGGAGUCCCGGUUUCAUCGAUCAAUAUGUUUCUCUUGUACUUUUUAUUUGUGUAAUUGUGUUUGAUAAAGUAGAAAUGCAAAAUCAACCACUUUAGUAUGGGGGUUUAACAAUGAAUACAGGAUCAUCCAAUUACCAGUUAAACCUCAGAUGAUGAAACCAGUCUCUUCAUAUGGUCCCUAUGCUGCACGUAAGCCGUUUAAGUAGUACUGUUCAGAGGGGUAUACUUUAAAGCAUGAUCAAGGAGUUGGCCAACUAACUUGCCUAGAUAUCCUGAAAUAACUUCAAAUGGGCUUAGUCUAAUUGACUUAACCAAAAACACAAGUUUUUAGCUUAAUGAACCCCCAAAAAUAAGUUAUUUCUGUUUGUUUAUCAAAGUUGAAACUGUUUUGUAGUAUACCCCUUGGGUUAGGACUCUGUUUGUUGAAUUGGGGAUUGUUUCAUUGGCUAAUAUUAUGUUACCAUAAUAGUAUGUAGCCAGUUUGGAUUGAAUCGUGUCGAGGGGGGGAAAAAUAUAUAUUCAUUAUAAUUUGUGGGAAUGGAAAUUGGGGUUUAUUAAAAGCUAUUUUGGUGGCUCCAUCCUCAGAUUGCAGGUCUUUCAAACACAUAUUAUGAUGGGUAACAUUAGUUUAAUGCUAGUUAAUAUCAUGUCUGAACAGAGGCAUGAAAAAUCUCUCAGAACAAGCCUCCAUAACCGGCUCAAGUAUUAUUGUUCUCGACAUUUCUAGCUUACUAUUAAGCUGAGACUUGGAGGCAGGGUGCUUCUUACACUCUGCCAUGAGAUGCCAGUUCAGAUGGGUGGAUAGUUUGGUGACAUCGUCAAUACUGUCGCCCCUAACAAGGUAAAUGGUCUUAAGCACUGUUGUGGUCCACUAGGAAAUAAGACCAGUGAGUGGAACAUGACAGGGGGUUGUUCUUCUACUGCAGGGUACUUAUAGUACUGUAGCCUGGUAUCAUUCAGUUUGUGCUGUAGCCAACUCUUCUCUGUGUCAUGUUUGGCAUGGCAAGGUUAGAAGAGUUGCUUACAGUGCAUACAGUAUGGGACCAGGCUACACUUAGCCUACUCUACCGCUCUAACUGUGUAAAUGGAUAGAAUGUAAUGUUUACCAUGUGAGCCGCCGCAAAAGCAAAUAAAUUAUUGUGGUACGACUGAAAUCUUGACAUUCUUGAGUUAAAAAAAAAAGAAACUUUAUUUUUCUAGAUUUCUUGAAGUGAGUUUUUGAAUUUGAUUCAAGUUAUAGUUCUGAAAUUGUAGCAAACUUUGCAAGGGUGGAGGCUGCUGAGGGGAGGACGCCUCAUAAUAAUGGCCGGAAUGGAGUGGUGUCAAACACGUUCAUGUGUUUGAAUCCAUUAACUGCAUUCCAGCCAAUAUACUCCUUUCCAGAUGUUAUUAUGAGGCAUCCUCCCAUCAGCAGCCUCCAGUGGUGGAAACGCCCACUAUAAAGCCUAAUGUAUAAAUCAUAUAGGUUCCUAUCUUCAUGGUAUUUAAGUUGUGGAUGAUUUGUGUUUUCUAGGACUCCUCCCACAAAGUUGUUGAAUGAAAGAACGUUGAGAAAUAAGAAUAUAUAUAUACUUGUAUGUUAGGAAUGUGUGCCGUUUGCAUGAAUAAGAAUACCAAUGUAGAAAGUUAAUCAUACGUUGGGUUAUUGUUAUACACCUCUGUACUGUCUGUUUAUGACGUCAAAUAUGUCUUGUGACGUUAAGAUAAAAUACUUGACCUAUAUGUUCAUUCAUAGGUCUUUGUUGGUUAACUGGUUGUUGCAUACAUUUGUAUGAAACAAAUCUAGUAUGACUUCUUCCCACUCAUAACACAAUGGUUGGUGUGCUUUUUUUCAAAUGACAUUUUGCGAUAGUUGGGAUGUUAAGCUGGGAGCAAAUUUAUCAAAGACAGAGCACCUCUGUCAGUUGCUGUGGAAUUUUUUUUCCCAGUUGCAAAUACAGUGUUUGUCUUUCAGGUUUGGUCUUGCUUCAGCAUCACCUACUGGUAUAAGGUAACUGUUGCUCAGUCAUGAUAUAUUGUCUUCAGAAAACAUUCAUACUCAUUGACUUCUUCCACAUUUUGUGUUACAGCCUCAAUUUAAAAUCGAUGAAAUAUAUAUUUUUCUCACCCAUCUACAGAUAAUACCCCAAAGUGAAAACAACAUGUUUAAGAAAAUAUAUUUGAUUUAACUAGGCAAGUCAGUUAAUUAAGGACAAGUUCUUAUUUACAACGACAGCCUACCGGGGAGCAGUGGACUAACUUCCUUGUUCAGGGGCAGAAUGACAGAUUUUUUUACCUUGUCAGCUUGGAGAUCCAGCAAUCUUUUGGUUACUGGCUCACCGCUCUAACCACUAGGCUACCUGCUGCCAAGCUGACAUAUGACAGAAAUAUGUCAUUGACAUAAGUCUUCACACCCCUUAGUCAAUAUAUGUUAGAAUCACUUUUGGCAGCGAUUACAGUGUUUGUCUUUCUAGUUAAGUCUCUUAAGAGCUUUGCACACCAGGAUUGCACAUUAUCUGCACAUAAUUCUUCAAGCUCUGUCAAAUUGGUUGUUAAUCAUUGCUAGACAGCCAUUUUCAAGUCUUGCCAUAGAUUUUCCAAGACAGUUUUAAGUCGACUGUAUCUAGGCCACUCAGGAACAUUCAAUGUUGUCUUGGUAAGCACCACCAGUAUACAUUUCGCCUUGUUUUUUUAGGUUAUUGUUCUGCUGAAAGCUGAAUUUGACUGUCUUGUGGAAAGCAGACUGAACCAGGAUUUCCUCUAGGAUUUUGCCUGUGCUUAGCUCUAUUCUGUUUCUUUUUUUUUUCCUUAAAAAAACUCCCUAGUUCUUGCUGAUGACAAGCAGACCCAUACCAUGAUGCAGCCACCACCAUGCUUGAAGAUAUGAAGAGUGGUACUUGGUAAUGGGUUGUUGGAUUUGCCCCAAAUAUAACACUGUAUUCAGGACAUAAAAAAUUUGGCAAAGAAAUCAACUUUGUCGUUUUGCUUUGGUGCAUCAUUGCAAACAGGAUGCAUGUUUUGGAAUGUUUGUAUUCUGUACAAGCUUUCUUCUUUUCCUUCGGUCAGUAAGGUUAGUAUUGUGGAGUACCUACAAUGUUGUUGAUCCAUCCUCAGUUUUCUCCUAUCGCAGCCUGUUAACUGUUUUAAAUACACUUUGGAUGGUGUAUCAAUGGUGUAAAUAAUAACUUCACCAUGCUCAGAGGGAUUUUCAAUGUCUGCUUUAAAAAAAAAAAAAAGUUUAAUGUACCCAUCUACCAAUAGGUGCCUUUCUUUGCGAGGCAUUGGAAACUUCCCUGGUCUUUGGUUGAAUCUGUAUUUGAAAUUCCCUGUUCGACUGAGGAACCUUACAGAUAAGUGUGUGUGUGUGUGGAUUACAGAGAAGAGGUAGUCGUUCAAAAAUCAUGUUAAACACUAUUGUGCACAGUGAGUAGGUAUUCAUUUUGGUGCUCACUGUGUGCAUUUAAGGGGGCUGGUCAAUCCCACUGACAUAUAAGAUCAACCCACAUUGAAAGACAGCCAGGGUUAAUCUGGUGUUGACAUCCAGCAGACAGACGGGGAUUUAAACCAGGUCAGGUAGCAGCUAUAACCAUCCCAUGCCCAGAUGUCCAAUCACAAGCCUUCUUCGAGAGUGGGCUCCAGAGUGGUGCAGCGGUGUAAGGCACCACGACAGACACCCUGGUUCAAUUCCAGGCUGUAUCACAACCAACCGUGAUUGGGAGUCCCAUAGGGCAGUGCACAAUUGGCCCAGCGUAGGUUGUCACUGUAAAUAAGAUGUUUUUCUUUACUGACUUGCCUAGUUAAAGGUUAAAUAUAAAAUAAGUGUUAUGCAAAUAUAAAAUAUAAAUCAGCACCUUGCUCAUUUGUGAAAUAUAUAUCUUCCCAAUGAACACUUGUCUCACAGGUACGUAGUGUCUAUCCUGGUAGGAGUGGAGGGUGUGCGUGGUACAGUAGAGCAUUUUUCAAGAAAAUCUUCGACAUGUUAUGGAGAUAGUUUAGCAUUAUAUGUUUAAUCCAAAAAAUCAGAGUAUGCUUGCAAUGCUACCACCACAACACGUAGUGUUGGGUGUACUGAUAUUAACGUCUCAAUCCGUGAUGGGAAUAAAAAUAAAGGAUGUUUUUGUGCUCUCUGUAGACCUGACUUAGACUACAAACAUUUGUGCUGUUGUUGGGGUCAUUUUGCCAAAGUUUGCUACAACUGUUAUGAACCACAAAGACAUCUACCUUGUGGAUUUCAGCCUAGCGACGAUAUGCUUGCAUGUAAUGUAUGUUUAGUUGUUUUUGUUGGUUUGAUUUAAUUUUAGCUAUGGAACUGAAUGGUACACAGCACUUUGUAUAUGCCGAAAAAUAAAUGUUGCGGCAGA